AUGGACUUCCAGACCCUGGUUAAGAUCCUCCGGGCAGGCCGGGUUCCCGACUUCCAUCCUGAUGCCGACUCCUUUGCGUACGCAGACGCACUGGACGCUCAGGACGGGCUCAGCCAUCUCCGGGAACAGUUUAUUAUCCCGACCAGGGCGUCGCUCAAGAAGAGGGCGCUGGAUGGUACUGUUCCAGACGGGAACGACGACAAUGAUCCGUCUGUCUACCUGAUCGGUAACUCGCUCGGCGCACAGCCACGAGCGGUACAGGCGCACGUCGACGCACAGCUCGAGACGUGGGCGUCGCUCGGGGUGAAUGGUCACUUUACGGCUCUGGAAAACUCACCCCUGGGGGCGAGCUGGCAAGACCUGGCCGAGGAGUGCGGGCGCAAGUUUGUGCCCAUCGUGGGCGCGGCCUCGGCGAGCGAGGUCGUCGUCAUGAACACGCUGACGACGAACCUGCACCUCAUGAUGGCGAGCUUCUACCGGCCCACCGAGAAGCGGCACAAGAUCCUGCUCGAGUGGCGGCCCUUUCCCAGCGACUGGUACGCCGUCCAGUCGCAGAUCGCCUGGCACGGGCUCGACCCGGCCACGUCUAUGGUGGAGAUCCAGCCCGACGCGGACCAGUACUUGGCGACAGCGGCCGUCCUCGCGGCCAUCGACGAGCACGCCGACUCGGCGGCGCUGCUGCUGCUUCCGGGGAUCCAGUACUACACGGGCCAGCUGCUCGACAUGGCGCGCAUCACGGCGCACGCCAAGGCGCGCGGCGUGCCCGUGGUGGGCUGGGACCUGGCGCACGCGGCCGGCAACGUCGAGCUGCGGCUGCAUGAGUGGGGCGUCGACUUCGCUGUGUGGUGCACGUACAAGUACCUCAACGCCGGGCCGGGCGCCAUCGCCGGCGCGUUCGUGCACGAGCGGCACCACGGCCGCGACGGGCCGCAGGAGGAAGACGGAGAGGCGAAAGGCGGCAGCAGCGUCUGGGGCGCGGGCCAGUUCCGGCACCGGCUGGCGGGCUGGUACGGCGCGGACAAGAGCGUGCGCUUCGACAUGGCCAAGACGUUUGUGCCGACGCCUGGCGCGCCCGGCUACCAGCUGUCGAACCCGUCGGCCAUCGACCUCGCGGCGCUGUCGGCGGCGCUGUCCGUGUUUGGCCAGACCAGCAUGGCGGCGCUGCGCGACAAGGCGCUGCUGCUGACGGCGUACGCGGAGCAUCUGUUGGGGACGUCGCUGCCGUCGUCUGCUGGCAAUGGUCACGUUGCGGGACAGCCCGCGUUUCGCAUCAUCACGCCGGCAAACCCGGCCGAGCGCGGGUCGCAGCUGAGCCUGCUGCUACUGCGGCCAGGCUUGCUGGACCGCGUGAGCCGCUAUCUCGUGCAAAAUGGCGUCGUGUUCGAUGCGCGGAAGCCCGACGUGAUCCGCGUCGCGCCGGUUCCCAUGUACUGCUCUUUUGUGGAUGUUUGGCGGUUUGCCGAUGUGUUUCGGCGCGCGAUUGCGGUGUCGAGCGCCUGA